AGAGUCUGCUCUGUUGGCAGGAGUGACCAGAAUAAAAACAGCCACACCAGAUAUAGGAGAGGGAAAAAAGCAACGUGAUCCAUAGAAAGUCUUUGCCCUCUCCUAAUUACGUCUUGUCUCAUGUCGUUUUUCUACUUUUUUUUUUCUUUUUUUAAUCUUAAACGAAUUUAGCUUGCUGGGAAGGAGAAUAAGGAGCCAGAGGAGAAUAAAACCAGCCGAUAAGCUGAGGGGUGGUGUAUUUUGAAACGAGAUGGCUAACAGGAAGGUUCUAUCCCUCAUCCACAAAUUCUUCUUCCUAGUUCUGAUUCAACCCACAUUUCAAGGAGGUGUGUAUGUGCCGGCUGGGACUGGAAUCGAAGCUGGAGGUGCUAGACCAGGCGCUGGCCUCUAUCCAGGAGCUGCUGGUGUCCCAGCGGGAUACAAACCAGCAAAAACAGGAGGAGGCUAUGGAGGGCGAGGUGUUGGUACUGGCGGUCUAGUCCCUGGAGGUGUCGGGGCGGGUGGUUUAGGAGCUGGGGGGCUUGGAGUUGGGGCUGGUGGAAAGGCCCCCAAACCUGGCUAUGGAAACCUGGGGGCCGGUGGACUCGGGGCUGGGCCUUAUGGAGGAGCUGGUGGUCCCGCAUUAGGAGCAGGAGGCCAUGGAGGGGGAUACCCUCAAGCCCAGCCGGGCGGAUACCCUCAAGCCCAGCCUGGCGGAUACCCUCAAGCCCAGCCUGGAGCUGGUUAUGGUGGCUACGGGGGAUAUGGAGGCAGAGCUGGAGGAUUCUUCCCAGGGGCUGGAGCCGGCGGACAAAAGGGUCCCAAACCAGGUCAUGGAGGUAGUGUGCUGCCUGGAGGUGGUUUACAGCCAGGGUACGGUGGAGCAGGACUUCCUACUGGUGGACUGCAGCCAGGUCUAGGUGUAGGUGGCAAGGGUCCAAAACCACCCAAAGGAGGAGUUGGCACUGGAGGGACCGUGCUGGGUGGAGGUGGGGGGCCUGGGGGAGCAGGAGGAGGAGCUUCUGUUCCUGCAGGAGCACCAGUCUUUCCUCAGACUGGUUUACCUGGAGGAGGGCUUGGAGGGGCAGGGAAAAAAGCUUCAAAAGUGCCAGGUGUUGGUGUCCCUGGACUUUACCAAGGUGGAGUGGUGCCAGGAACAGGGUUUGGUGGUCGUGGGGUUCUGCCUGGAGUGGCAACUGGGACUGGCCUCAACACAAAAUCAUUGCCUGGUGGUGGGCAGGGUGGUCCGGGAGGGACAGGAUAUGGGUACGGAGGACAAAUGCAACCAGGAGUGUUCCAUGGAUAUCCACUCAAAUCACCCAAAGCACAAGGAGGCUAUGGAGCAAAACCUGGAGGAGGCAAACUUCCCUUUGGUUAUGGGGGCUUUGGUGGUGGAGUAGGUCUUCCAGGAGGAAAAGGAGGUCCUGGGUCCAGGCCUGGCUACCCUGUUGGAACUGGGGUGGGAACACAAGGUAUCUCCCAGGCGCAGGCUAAAGCUGCUAAAUAUGGUGGCCCAGGUGGUGGAGUUCAAGGAGGAGUUCAAGGUGGACCAUGGGGUGGAGUCUUGCCAGGAGCUGGAGUGGUGGCUGGAGGAGCGGGAGGAUUACCUGGGGCAGGGCAAGGAGCUGGAGGAUAUUCUGCUGCGGCAAAAGCUGCAAAAUAUGGUGUCCCUGGGGGAGCAGGCACUGGGACCCUGGGUGGUUAUGGUGGAGUAUUACCUGGAGGGUACGGAGGUGGUGGGAUACCCUCCAGGUUUGGUGUCCCAGGUGGUGCCGGACAGGGGGGCUUUGGAGGGGUCCCAGGUGGUGCCGGACAGGGGGGCUUUGGAGGGGUCCCAGGUGGUGCCGGACAGGGGGGCUUUGGAGGGGUCCCAGGUGGUGCCGGACAGGGGGGCUUUGGAGGGGUCCCAGGUGGUGCCGGACAGGGGGGCUUUGGAGGGGUGCCAGCGGGGGCUGGGGUUAAACCUCCCAAAUAUGGAGUUCCUGGGGGAGCAGGGGCAGGGCUAGGUGCUGGAGGACUGGGAGGAGCAGGGGUUCCUGGUGGAGCUGGAGGAUACCCAGGUGGUGCUAAGGCUUUAAAAUAUGGGCCAGGUGGAGCAGGUGGAAUCCCAGGUGGGGGGGCUGCUGCGGGGACAGGAUGGGUACCUGGGACUAUCCCGGGAUACGGAUCCUACGCUGGUGGUGCAGGUGCUGCCAAGCCUCCUAAAUAUGGUGUACCAGGAGGGGCUGGUGGAGCGGGGGCGGUGCCAGGGGGGCUUCCCGGGGGUGGAUACGGAGGCUAUGGUUAUGGUGCUGGUGCUGGAGCAAAACCACCUAAGUAUGGAGUCCCUGGAGGUGCAGGAGCUGGUCCAGGUGUUGGAGGAGUGGGAGGGGCAGGAGGGCUUGUCCCAGGAGCUGGAGGAUACUCAGCGGCUGCCAAAGCUGCUAAAUAUGGAGUUCCUGGGGGAGCAGGGGCAGGGGCAGGGCCAGGUGCUGGAGGACUGGGAGGAGCAGGAGGGCUUGUACCAGGAGCUGGAGGAUAUUCAGCUGCUGCCAAAGCUGCUAAAUAUGGAGUUCCUGGGGGAGCAGGGGCAGGUCCAGGUGCUGGAGGACUGGGAGGAGCAGGAGGGCUUAUACCAGGAGCUGGAGGAUAUUCAGCGGCUGCCAAAGCUGCUAAAUAUGGAGUUCCUGGGGGAGCAGGGGCAGGGCCAGGUGCUGGAGGACUGGGAGGAGUAGGAGGGCUUGUACCAGGAGCUGGAGGAUAUUCAGCUGCUGCCAAAGCUGCUAAAUAUGGAGUUCCUGGGGGAGCAGGGGCAGGGCCAGGUGCUGGAGGACUGGGAGGAGCAGGAGGGCUUGUACCAGGAGCUGGAGGAUAUUCAGCUGCUGCCAAAGCUGCUAAAUAUGGAGUUCCUGGGGGAGCAGGGGCAGGGCCAGGUGCUGGAGGAUUGGGAGGAGUAGGAGGGCUUAUACCAGGAGCUGGAGGAUAUUCAGCGGCUGCCAAAGCUGCUAAAUAUGGAGUUCCUGGGGGAGCAGGGGCAGGGCCAGGUGCUGGAGGACUGGGAGGAGUAGGAGGGCUUGUACCAGGAGCUGGAGGAUAUUCAGCUGCUGCCAAAGCUGCUAAAUAUGGAGUUCCUGGGGGAGCAGGGGCAGGGCCAGGUGCUGGAGGACUGGGAGGAGCAGGAGGGCUUGUACCAGGAGCUGGAGCUGCUGCCAAAGCUGGCAAAUAUGGAUAUUCUGCUGCAGCCAAAGCUGCUAAGUAUGGUGUUCCAGGAGGAGCAGGGCUAGGGCCAGGAGCUGGAGGACUGGAAGGAGCAGGAGUGGUUCCAGGGGCAGGAGCUGGAGGAUAUCCUGGUGGAGUCAAACCGCCCAAAUAUGGCGUGCCAGUGGCCACACCUGGGGCAGGUGUGGGUGGUGGUCCAGGUGAAACUGCUGGGGGUGCACCAACUGGCACAGGAGUCCCUUUUGCUGGUAAACCAGAUACAAUUCCAAGUCCAGAACCUUCUGUGCCUAAGCCAGGACCCGCACCUAUUGCCUCAAAUGGCACGGCCCCAGAGGCCCCAGAGCCCAGUGUCCAACCUGGUGUUGGUGCUGGAGUUCUUCAACCAAGUGCUGGAACAAGUGUUGGCGGCACAGGAGUUGCAGCCCCCACUGUUGUUGGUACCACAGGCCAGGGCCAGCCUAUUGCCACAGGAGUGCAGCAACCUGGUGGUGUAGGUGUUGGUACAGGUGGGAAAGCACCUAAACCACCAGGAGCAGGGGGAUACCCGUAUCGGGGAUACCCAAAUCUUGGUCAAGGUUAUUAUGGACAGGGUGCUGGAGGACACCCAUAUGGUGGCUAUGGGGGUCCCUAUUACGGUGCUGGUGCUGGAGCUGGUGUUGGUGCUGGUACCGGAGCUGGCACACUUCCUGGUGCCAAGCCCCUGAAACCUCCAGUGGGCGGAGCAGGGGGUGUCCCAGGAGGAGCAGGGGGGGUCCCAGGAGGAGCAGGCAUUCCACUGACAGCUGGAGGUGGGACAGGAGGAUACCCGUAUGGUCAAGGUUAUUAUGGACAGGGUGCAGCAUAUCCUGCUGGUGUUGGCCUGGGAGCAGGAACUGCAGCUGGAGCAGGGGGUAAACCACCCAAACCAGGCUAUGGUAAUCUGGGUGCUGCUGGUGGAUACCAACCAGGGGCAGGGGUAGUACCAGGUUACGGCGGAGGCUACCCUCAACAAGCAUUCCCAGGGUAUGGUGCCGGUGCUACAGCUCCUCUGACUCCUCAACAAGCCAAAGCUGCCAAAUAUGGACCACUCCAAAGCUUUCUAGGAGGUGCUGGAGGAGGAGGCUAUCGAGGAGGAGUUCCUGGAUGCCAAGGCAAAUACUGUGGGAGGAGGAAGUAGAACAUCUCUCGUGAUGCAAAGUGACCUCAAGCAGCAUUGGUGCUACUGCAUGAUCUAGAAUGUACAUUUUAAAUGCAAAACUCCCCCAUUGGUAUGGAAAGAUAUUUCAUUCUUAUUUGACAUAAGCAUUUUUUUAAUACAAAACUACCAACCCAGACUUUGUGCACACGUUGGAUGUGAUUUAGAUUGUGCCUUUAUCAUUAUAAUAGUUGUUCAUCGGCUCUUAUAAUGUUUGUCAUGCUCCCCAUUCAGUAGUACUCUACAGAGUCCUCCUAUAUUUACCACCUUGUAUGUGGGGUUAUAGGACAAAGUGUAUAUCUGUAUGUUGUGUGCUUGUAUGUGGGUGUGUGUGUUUCCAUUGAUAUUGCGAGAAUGUGAACAAAUCCCUUCCUUUACUUGACUGUGCCAGCAGGCAGCGAGGUUCUCUGUGUGCAGACAGUUGUCAUUUUAAAACUCUGUAACACUGUACAUAUGGCAUGUUCCAAUGUUAACGAUUCAUGAUACUAAUAAUUCAAAGGGUUGAGCUCCCAGAAGCAUGUAAAAGUAUUGACAAACUUUGGCCACUUUCAGGACUGCCUCUGGAUCCAUAUUAUGACUGCUGCUAUUUCUAGCCCUGGGUAGAUUUCAGCAGGGAGAGUGGGUAGUUUUCAUGCUGCCCAUCUGCUACCAAUAACUUUGCCAAUUUUCAUUUUGAGGGCCACAGUAAAGUAUUCCUCAGCACCUUACCUCCAUGUUUCCAAACUUGUAGAGUAUGAAGAGCUUUACAGCUUUGAACAUGGUAAGCUGAUGACAAUCCAAAUGUGUUCGAUAACACAUUCAUCAUGUAGGUUCUGUGUAAUGAUCCAUAUAGUGUUGGUCUUCACUCCAUUUCUUUAGUGUUUUUAGUUCAAAGUAUGUCACAGUAAAAAUAAAUAAAAAGUAACUAAGAUGUUGCUUGUACAUUAUGUAUGUAUGAAGUGCCAAUGUAUUUUUGGCUACAGUAUGUUAGUCAGAUUAUAUCUUUAGUCAUUGUAGUUUCCCAUACUGUAAUUUGUCUCAUUACAAUUUGAAAGGUAUUUGUACCAUUCAAUACUUACAAAGUUAUCAUCACGACUUCUCUAAAAUAUGACAAAAACAGUCAUGAUGAUUUUUUGACAUGCUUUCCAUAUGCAUUUAUUCAUUGUUGAGAACUGUAAUACUGUAUAACAGCUUUUUGUGUGAGUUUGUGUGUAGGCUAUAGUCUACAUGAUGUAGGGGUGAGCUUCAAUGGGAUUGAAUUCGUUUAUAUUGAAGAAAGCCCACUGACCAAAAAUAUAUCUGAUUUGUUACAAAAUUCUCCCACGUCUUUCCUGUAUGUGUACUGUAUUUUUAUUUCUCACUCGCUUCAGUUCUUAUAAUCGGUGCUGUUGAUGAACUGCCUGUGAGCCGUACUGGUUUCGAUCGUGUCCUCUGUGCCGUGGGACAUUAUUCAUCUUAUUUAAACAAAAAGGAGGAAUUGUGGGGGUUUGCACUUUUUAUUUUCCACGACGCACAUGUGACAAAUUUCCGGAAAAUCCUGGCAUUUAUUUGCUUAAUUGAAUAACAAAAUAAAAUGUUUAAGGAAAAUAUA